UGGUGCUGUGCUUUAUUUAACCUGUUGCACCAGGGAGGGCCCAGCCAUCAUUUCUUUUGCUCACAGAAAUUGAUAGGUAAAACUAGACAAGAUUUUGUCCCAGCUGGGAUCCACCCAUUUGUUCUCUAAUCGACCUUUAAUAGGUAAGCAUCCUAUAACAAGUUAGUUUUCCACAGGUCAGAAAUCAUGUCCAUCAUUUUUCAAAUCUGAAGCGCUUGUCUCAAAAUUUCCUUUAAAUACCGCCAUUUGGCAAAACAGGAUGCUAAACGCACCUGGCUUCUCAAAAUCCUAGAUUUGGACAGGCACUCGGGCGCGUCUGCCUCCAGGCCGAUAGGGGGCAAUGCACUUUCAUCAGAGGCUCAGUUCUCGGAUCCCUCCACCAAGGGAACGUCACCACCCUGCCGCUUCUCAUCUCUACUGCGCAGGCGCGGCCGGGAACACGCACCGUGUAUCCGAGGGAGGGGUCACGAACUCUGACCCCCCCAAAUACACAAACCCGGAGAGCUCCCUUCCCCCACUUUCCUUCCCCUUUCCCCCCCUCCGUUAUCUUCGACCUGCCUCCUCCCAGGCCCCCCACCCCCACACAGCCGCCGCCGCCGCCGCCGGACUGUCCAGUCUACGCCCGGCGCAGGACCCCGCGCGGCGGAGAAGCGCCGGACAUUUUGGCAGUUAGAUCAUGGCUACCAUAGAAGAAAUUGCACACCAAAUUAUUGAACAACAGAUGGGAGAGAUUGUUACAGAACAACAGACUGGCCAAAAAAUUCAGAUAGUGACAGCGCUAGAUCACAAUACACCGGGCAAGCAGUUCAUUCUGACAAAUCAUGACGGCUCUACUCCAAGCAAAGUCAUUCUGGCAAGACAGGAUUCCACUCCAGGAAAAGUUUACCUCACAACUCCAGAUGCAGCAGGUGUGAACCAGUUAUUUUUUACAACUCCUGAUCUGUCCGCACAGCACCUUCAGCUUUUAACAGAUAAUUCUUCCCCGGACCAAGGACCAAAUAAGGUUUUUGAUCUUUGCGUAGUAUGUGGAGACAAAGCAUCAGGGCGUCAUUAUGGAGCGGUGACUUGUGAAGGCUGCAAAGGAUUUUUUAAAAGAAGCAUCCGAAAAAACUUAGUUUAUUCAUGUCGCGGAUCAAAAGACUGUAUUAUCAAUAAACACCAUCGAAACCGCUGUCAAUACUGCAGGUUACAGAGAUGUAUUGCGUUCGGAAUGAAACAAGACUCUGUUCAGUGUGAAAGAAAACCCAUUGAAGUAUCAAGAGAAAAAUCUUCCAACUGUGCUGCUUCAACAGAAAAAAUCUAUAUCCGUAAAGAUCUUCGAAGUCCAUUAGCUGCAACUCCCACUUUUGUAACAGAUAGUGAAACUGCAAGAUCUGCAGGAUUGCUGGAUUCAGGAAUGUUUGUGAAUAUUCAUCAGUCUGGAAUAAAAACUGAGUCAACUGUGCUGAUGACACCAGAUAAGGCUGAAUCAUGUCAGGGAGAUUUAAGUACAUUGGCCAGUGUGGUUACAUCAUUAGCAAAUCUUGGAAAAACAAAAGACCUUUCUCAAAGUAGUAAUGAGAUGUCUGUGGUUGAAAACUUAAGCAAUGGUGAUACUUCUUUGUGUGAAUUUCAUCAAGAAAUGCAGACUAAUGGUGAUGUUUCAAGGGCAUUUGACACUCUUGCAAAAGCAUUGAAUCCUGGAGAGAGCACAGCUUGUCAGAGCUCAGUAGAGGGCAUGGAAGGAAAUGUAAACCUCAUUGCUGGUGAUUCAAGCAUAAAUUACAUUGAAAAAGAGGGGCCUCUUCUCAGCGAUUCGCAUGUAGCUUUCAGGCUCACCAUGCCUUCUCCCAUGCCCGAGUACCUGAAUGUGCACUACAUUGGGGAAUCUGCAUCCAGACUGCUGUUCUUAUCAAUGCAUUGGGCACUUUCAAUUCCUUCCUUCCAGGCUCUAGGGCAAGAAAACAGCAUAUCAUUGGUGAAAGCUUAUUGGAAUGAACUUUUUACUCUUGGUCUUGCCCAGUGCUGGCAAGUGAUGAAUGUGGCCACUAUAUUAGCAACAUUUGUCAAUUGUCUUCAUAGUAGCCUUCAGCAAGAUAAAAUGUCAACAGAAAGAAGAAAAUUAUUGAUGGAACAUAUCUUCAAACUACAGGAGUUUUGUAACAGCAUGGUUAAACUCUGCAUUGAUGGAUAUGAAUAUGCCUAUCUGAAGGCAAUAGUACUCUUCAGUCCAGAUCACCCAGGACUAGAAAACAUGGAACAGAUUGAGAAAUUUCAGGAAAAGGCUUAUGUGGAAUUCCAAGAUUACAUAACCAAAACAUAUCCAGAUGACACUUACAGGUUAUCUAGGCUACUACUCAGGUUGCCAGCUUUGAGACUGAUGAAUGCUACCAUCACUGAAGAAUUGUUUUUCAAAGGUCUCAUUGGCAAUGUACGAAUUGACAGUGUAAUCCCACAUAUUUUAAAAAUGGAACCUGCAGACUAUAACUCACAAAUAAUUGGUCACAGCAUUUGAAAAGCAAGCUCUCAGUGUAAACUUACUGUUCUUUCCCAGAAUACAAGUAGAUACCAAACUGAAGUUGUUACUUCCAGGGAAUCUGGAAAUUUUAACUUUAAAGAAUAACCAAAAUCUAAGGGUUUCGUGUGUGUAUGUGUGUUAACUUCCUUAUGAAGACUUUUCUAAGUGACUAGGCAGGUAGUAGGAAUUAGAAUUUCCUUUCCUGUCUUAUUUAAGUGAAUAAGAAUUACUAUGAACUUAUUCUUGGUUAAGAUGACAUCUAAGGGCAUCACUUCACUAUCUAAACUAAAACCUCUCAUUUUAUUUUAUAAAAAAAUAAAUUAGUCUUUUUUUUUCCUCCCUGAAUUGUGUUCUAUUCAUGUUUAACUUCAUUAUAAACUAGUUUAAACACUCAUUAGAAAUCUCUAAGGGGGGUUUCCUUGUAUUUUACUGUUCCAUAAGAUAAACUGUUUUAAUUACCAUGUCAAAAAAAAAAGAUUAUUUUAUGCUCAAUAGUAUAAUGAUAAUACUAGAACUAUAGGAAAUAAUCAAAUAUAUAUUUUUUGUCUUUUGUAAAUAUCAUGUCAUCCUUUAGCAUAUAGCACUCUCAUUGCUGGCAAUGAGCAUUGGCCAUUCAUGAUCUUACGGAUGAUUUUUUUUAGUGUCAUAUUAUUAGUUAUAAGCACUUUUUAUUUAUGUGUGUAGCUAAAAAUUGAUUUUGAGAAUAAGAUAGAAUACAUGUUUUGUUAUUUUUGGUUUACUACUGUGUUUUUAAAAGUAGUAGAGAUUAAUUGAACCCAAAAUGUUUCAGUAUUUCAAAAUAGACAUUAAAACUGUUGAUCUUCCAUUCCACAAAAAGCAUCUUCCUCUUUUCUCACCUGCCUGCAUUAUAUGGUCUCCUGAUCCUUCUGGGUUUUUAGCCAAUUUCUUUUUAGAAAAACCCUGUUUGUUAAAUAAUAGAUUUAUCAUAGGUGAUCUAUUUUCAAAGUGAGUUAAACAGUUACUUUAAAGCAAAUUGAUAAUUUUUUAAAAUUUAACUUUUUAAGAUAAACAGGAAUAUGCACUGAAUUUUCUUUUUUAAGUGGAAGGACUGCUUUAACAGCUAUGUAAGUAUCGGCUUAAAGCCUUGUUAUUGCUACAAAAACAUUUUAGACCCCUUGGAUGUCUUCCUCAAGUAAUGUUUUCCUUAGCAAACCUGACACUAUGAGUUAUUUUGGUGUGUCCUUUUUUUUUUUUUUUUAAAGGCAAGUAGGGAGAUUAUGCAUUCAUUAGUUUAUAAAGACUCUGCAAUAGAAGAGAAGCUAAAUUUUGGGGGAGGAUGUUGAUUUUACUGGUUGCUACUUUGUCUUAAGUCAAACAUUUAACAAUUUAUCAUUCUUUACCAAGUUACUAAGGGAAUUUUUUUCCUAUUUAAAACAUGAUUUUGUCAGCAAGUUAUUUAUAAUUAUCAACAGGGGAAAAACUACAUUUAAUACAAAAUACUCAGAUGGAAAAAUCAGUAGGUUUAUACCUUUAUAAAUCCAAUGAAGUUAGCCAAAGAUUCAGGAAAAUAACUAUUUAAAAUGAUGUACUAAUGGUUAAUUAAGAUAUCUGUUUCCUUCAGGUAUUUUUCCUGAUUAAAUUUGUAGAUUUAUUUGGAAGUGUUUUUUAAAACUAUAU